CGCAGCUCCGCCCAGGGCCGGGCCGGGCCAGAGAAGACGCCUGGAGGUAAAAGCGAGCAGGUGCCGGAGGCGGACUCGGUCUAGGCCCCGCGGUCCGGGAGAAGGCGAGGCGCUGGGCCGCGGCGGGCAGGAGCGAUGGCCGACGCGCCAAGUGGCUCCAGCCCUGAGACAGGGGCCACCGCAAAACCUGCGGGGUCUUCACUGGCCACCGGCGAGGUCGCCUCAAAGUCAUCGGACUCCAACAGCAAGUGCGUGUUCUGCCGGAUUGCGGGGCGGCAGGAGCCGGGCACCGAACUCCUGUAUUGUGAGGUGGGCGGCGCCGAGCGACGGGCGGGGUGGGGGCCGCCCUGGGAGCGGGAGCGGGGCUCGGGCCGAGCGCCGCGCCGGGGCGGCCCUGAAGAUGAGCAACAAGGAGGAGAGCUGAUGGCCAGGGGAGUGGUGGGAAGUACCGAAGUGAUGAGGUCGGUUUUGGAGUUUCAGUCCUUUAAAAAAAUAAAAAGAACUAUGGUGUUCCCUGAGUCUUCCCUGCAAGCUGAAGACUCUCCACUCAUCCCAGUACAUCUGUUCACACAACUGUUCAGCCCAGCAGCAUCUCAUCAUUACCUUGUGGUGACAAAGCAGCAUAUUGGAAACUGCACAGAUCUAAAGAAAGAGCAAAUAGGACUUGUUGAGAGCAUGGUUACUGCUGGAAAAACCAUUCUUAAAAAGAAUAAUUUUACUGACUUUGAAAAUGUGAGAAUGGGUUUCCAUAUGCCACCAUUCUGUUCCAUUUCCCACUUGCACCUUCAUGUCAUAGCACCAGUUGAUCAGCUUGGCUUCUUAUCAAAAUUGGUUUAUAGACCUAAUUCCUAUUGGUUCAUCACAGCUGACUAUUUGAUUGAAAAACUAAGAACAUGAAAAUGACAGCAGUAGAAGAUUUUCUUAUUCUUGGUUCAACAGACACUAAUAUGGUCCCUUUUAAAUCAAAUUACAAUGGUAAGGUUUGUUGGGUUUAUAAGAGGCUAUUACUGGGUAGCCUUAAGUCUUUUCUGAAUGUCUAUUUCCUGAGAUCUGUAAUAUAUGACUACUCUGGCAUUGUCUUCUUUGUUUUAAUGGUUACUUGUCUAAGGUAUAAGAUACUACAGAUAAAAUUUUAUUAAAACAAAUUCUGUUAAUCAAGAAGGGCUCUGUAUUUUUUAAAAGUUCAAGUAUUUUCAUUUCUCAUUAUUGUCAGUUAUAAUAGUGAUUUAUUAUGAAGAAUAAAUGGGUAUAGAAAGUA